UUCUUGUUUAAUCUGAUUAAUAAUUCAAAGGUUCCGAUUUUGGUUUGGACUUUGACCAUUUUGUUUUAUGAAAUUUUCCAAACAACAAAACUUAUUUAAGCAUGAAAAUAAAAUCCCGGUUCAUGUAGUCAUUAUACUAGCUCAAAAUUAUGUCUAACAAGCAAACAUUUGGAAUUAUUUGGCCUCGGUCAGGACCCGGUGACAUCAUUAACACGUUCCUUCCGUCCGACGCUGCGUGGAGCUGCUUCUUCGGCCGAACGUGAACUGCUAGCAACCAGGAGACAAAAGCAACAAAGUGAAGCCCCCUCCGGAUCAAUCAAAUGUGUCAUAUUUAACCGUUUCGGAGCCGAAACCCUGUGAUCCCACCGCUGGAUUCGAACAGUCGUGUGCAAAGUAGUUGAACUGAUACAAGUCAUAAAUGGGACAGAACAAGCAAAAUCUCUAUGUCCUGGACAGCAAAAGUAUCAGUACGACUCCUGCUUGAGAGCCGCUUUAUUGAUGAGUAUACCUGAAAAGAAGUUGCUACAUCUGACAAAGCAGACCUGACUGACGGAAAUCCUUGGGUUGCUGCCAUGGAUGGAGAAGAAGAGGUUCCCCACAUGAGUGAGGAUCUAAUUAUUGAGUCCAAUGGCCUCAUCGAGAGUAAGAAAAGGGAGGCAAAAGCCACCUGCCUGAAAAUCGAGGGGCAGGACGGCUACGUCUUCAAGUCCUACAGCAUUCACCCUCAUGACGAUGAAGACCCAAAGUCACUUGCUUGCUCCUCAACACUGGAUAAAGACAUACUCCCUUGUUUCCAUUUUACUUCUCAAAUGGACAAACGCUUGGAGAUAGACCUGGCAUGCAACACGGGUCCAUCUUCUCCCAACACUGAUACCGAAGGAAAUGCAGAGACUGAGAAGUACGAGAAUGGAAAUGAAUCGAGUGAACUUGCCAGAGAGGACAUUGAGGAUGCUAACGAAAUGGAGGACGAACCGCAGGACGAUGAACGGCUAGCCUUUGGCAGCUCGAUUGGCCCCUUUGCAACAAAAGAUGUUGAUGAUUAUAGUAAUUUACUCAGCGGAUACACCAGCACUCUUUACGAUGUUGCCAUGGAUGCCGUUACUCAGAGUCUUUUGUCAUCUAUAAGAGGUCACGCCAACCCGAGGAAAAAGUCUCCAGCGUGGAAUCACUUCUGCAUAUCGCCGCGAGACUGUACCAAAGCAAUCUGUUUAUACUGUAUGAAAGAGUUUAGCCGCGGUAAGAACGAAAAAGACCUCAGCACAAGUUGCUUAAUGAGGCACGUGCGAAGGGCUCAUCCCACUGUGCUUUUACAAGACGGAGCGGAUGUAUCGCUCAGUAACCUCUCCAGCUCUCUUCCCUCUCCUUUCCUACCUUUCCCCCCGAGCUCACCAAAAAACGGAGACUUGACCAAUAGCCUUUUUACUCCUGCCUCAAAGAAUUCGUCGCCGUCCACGUCCUCAGCAGAAAAUUCAGACCCGUCAUCCAAAGAAACUUUACCCAAAGUUGAACCAAAACUAGAAUCAUGCGCCAAUGCUGACACUGUCUACGGCUCCCUCCUGCCCUCGCAUUCCAUUGAAAACAAUGUCGAAGAACUGUCAGACGGGGGGUCUGAGCGCCUUCCGGGAACCCCGAAAGGCUCCAACUCCCGCCGCAGGUCAGCUGUAUGGAAACACUUCUACCUGUCGCCCGCGGACAAUUCCAAAGCCGUUUGUAUUCAUUGCAUGAAUGAGUUCAGCAGGGGGAAAAACGGAAAGGACCUCGGGACAAGCUGUCUUAUCCGUCACAUGUGGAGGGCCCACAAAGAGGUUGUGAUUGAGGAAAACGGGCAGGGCAAUCAUAUUCCCCCGCCCUAUACAAACCCACCCUCUCUGUUGUCCCGCACACAAUUGCUGGAUUCGUUUGAAGUGAAAAAAGAAUCGCCACUUCUUCCAUCCUCGCCAGAAACCAUAGCCGAUGAGUUACCCCAAAGCAUUGAGGAAAGCAUGGAUAUUAAGGAGGAGUGUGAGGAGGUGAUGCAAUUCUCAGGGCAGGAGUCCUCCCUCAACUUCUUUAAAGCUCAAGAGGAAGACACGCCCCUGACUUCCUCUCCAUGCGAGCUCUUUGACGGGCCUGGCUUAAGUCAGGAUCAUUCAGUUUUUCAGCAAAAUAAAAAGAUCAUGAAACGGGUGAAAUCCGAAGUGUGGCACCAUUUCAUAGUGUCGCCGGUUGACCAGUUAAAAGCACUGUGCCGUUACUGUCCAUGCGUUAUCAGCCGGGGAAAGCGGGGCGACUUUGGGACAAGCUGCUUGAUGAGGCACCUCACGCGCCGCCACCCAGACGUUCUCAAAAACCAAAAAAGCACAGAUGAAAAGGAAUCACCCCCGCACCCCUACAACAAUUUAGCCACGACGGAUACAGUUUCUGCCAAAGAAACUGAGGUCCCGGUCACAGAGGCAAAGGCGCAACCCGUGCCAGCUUUCAGCAAGAAGACAUCAAAGUUGUGGAACCAUUUCUCUAUAUCACCUGCCGACCCUACAAAGGUGGUCUGUUUGCACUGUAACCGCACAAUAAGCAGAGGCAAAAAGACUACAAACCUUGGCACCAGCUGCCUCUUCAGGCACAUGCAGAGGUUUCACGGACACGUUCUUGAAAGUAACAAUGCGAUCUCAGGUGACGCACAGGAUGCAGAAAUCCAUGUCAAACAAGAAGUCAUGGAGACCUCCGUUUAUGAAACUGAGCAAAACUGUGAGAGGUUCGACGAGGAACACCCGGUUGCCAAAAAAAUCACCAAACUUGUAGCGGAAAUGCUCGCACUGGAUCUCCAGCCAUCAGCUGUGGUAGAGAAUGCUGGACUGAACAGACUGCUAGAGUACCUCAAGCCUCAGUAUUCUCUACCACCAUCAUCUUAUUUUACCAGCACUGCCAUACCAGAUAUGUACGAAAAGGUGAAGGACGUCGUGCUUACCCAUUUGAAAGAGGCUGAAGGAGGUGUUGUCCACUUUACAACAAGUAUUUGGGUCAGUAGCCAGACUAGGGAGUACUUGACCCUUACCGCCCACUGGGCGACAUAUGAAUCCAGUGUCAGACCCCAAGGGCAAGACUUUCACUGUUCUGCUCUUCUAAGUGUCUCACAAAUAGACUGCGACCAAGAUAUGCACGACAUCCCGAAGCAGCUGGAGUACCUGUGGGAUUCUUGGAUCACCUCUUCAGGGCUGAAAAGAGGGUUCACUCUGACGGAUAACAUCACCAUCCAGCACACUUUGGAGGAGCACGGCCAUCCCAUCAUGGAGUGUUUCGGACACACCAUCGACCUCAUUGUAAGCGAAGCCAUAAAAAGCCAGAGAAUGGUUCAGAACCUCCUAAGUAUUGCACGAAAGAUCUGCGAACGUGUGCACCGCUCGGCGAAAGCUAAAGAGAAGCUGGUGGAGCUGCAGAGGGCCCACCAGCUGCCAGAGAACCAGCUCGUCCAGGACGUGCCCUCCAAGUGGCGAACGUCCUUUUUCAUGCUGGAGCGGCUGGUGGAGCAGAAGAACGCUAUAGACGAGAUGUCGAUCGAGUGCAAUUUCAGGGAAAUAAUCAGCUGUGACCAGUGGGAAGUGAUGCUGUCGGUCUGCAAUGCACUGAAACCUUUUGAAGUUGCCUGCAGGGAGAUGAGCAAUCACACUGCCACACUAGGACAAGUGAUACCACUCAUCCACAUCCUUAGCAGAAAAAUAGACUUGCUCUUUGACGAGACCGUGGGCAUAGACAACAUGCUUAGGUCUCUAAAAGAGGCCUUGGUGAGCAGAAUGUCUGCCACGCUACACGACCAGCGAUACACCUGGGCGACCAUGCUCGACCCGAGAUACAAAACGUCACUGUUCACAGAAGAAGAAGCCGAGCAGUGCAAACAAGAUCUGAUCCGGGAGCUGGACUCGUCCUCUUCUACCUCAGCUGAAGCCAAGUCGCUGCCGCCCAAUGGCUGCAGUGACGACCCGGCUUCGCACAGCUCCUCCCACUCAAACGUAGACGACCUCUGGUCCCUGAUGCCCGACAUCAGGCAAAGAACGAAAAACGAGGAAAAGCCAAAGUCCUCAGAAGAGGCGGUGCUGGAAUACCUCGAGGAGGACAUUCUGGAUCAAAGCUGCGACCCUCUCGACUAUUGGAACCUGAAGAAGUUCCUGUGGCCUGAUCUCGCCAAAGUCGCCGCCCGCUACGUGGGUUGCCCCCCCAGUAUUGUCCCAGCAGAGACACUGUUCAGCACGGCCAGCGUCAACUGCGCUCUAAACCAGCCCAGGCCGAUGCUGGACAACAUCGAGGGUCUGCUGUUCCUGAAGGUCAACCUCCCUUUGAUUUAUUUCCAGUACUGAUUGAGCAUUAAAACAGACCAAGUCGCAAACCUGUGAAAUGGGAAUUUAUUCUGCUGAGCAAAUGUAAAUAAUUGAUUUUUUUUAAUACACUGAUUCUCAAUCCAAAGGCCAGAUUGAGCUUUUGUUUUACUACUGUUGAAAACACUUUGGAGCUGUUGUGAGGAAAAAGUCCCAGAAGUGUAUCAGGGAGGGGCGGGGUUUUUCUAGCUGUAGGAGUCGGGGAUUGUGUGUUUGCUUUUUAAAACCGGUGUCUCGUUUUGGGUCUGCUCUCUCCUCGUGCCUUAUCCAGUACUACUUCAGGUCAAAAUGCUGUAAAUACUAAAAUCGAGCAGAUCAUGUCAGGAUUUUUUAUUUUUUUUUAAGAUACAUGCAGGGUUGAAUGAAAACUAGGCCCCAAAAAUAAAUGCUGUGACUGAAAUGUUUUAAGUUAAAUGUUAUUUAAUUUCCAUUGUGACUUUGUGGCUCAUGGUACCGUCACUUAGAAUUAGAAUUUUUUUUUUUAUUAUUUGCUGAAAUGUUUUAAUGAAAUUGUGUAUGAUAUUGCUGUAUUUUCAGAUUUAGGGGUUUGUUUGGAAUAUCCUUUUUUCAUUUUCCCUUAAGCACAAUUUUAAGUUUGUCAAGGGGGAUUAAAUUAAUGGGUUUAAUAAUGAUUAAAGCAACGUACUGUACAUUUUUUUUUAUAUUAAAUUGCUUCUCAGCCCUGAUUUGAUAAUUGUUUUAGCAUUAAAAACUGGAGACAAUUUUGUGGUCAUUUGUAAAUAAAGGUUUUCCUUACACAA